CAGGGCACAUGGUUCGCAAACGGUGCCCUUUCGACUUCUUCGCGUCUCGCGCUUUCCUUGGCUUCCCUAUCGCAAUUGAUCGCUUCUUUAUGUGAAUCUUGGCACAAAGCACGGCUAAGAAGCCUCCUCGUGAAGAAAUUGUGUCAGUUGCAAGUUUCCCAAUCUGACUUCUGCGGAUCCGUACUGGCACGCACUUGUUGCUUGUGUUCGACCCUGUGGUAGUCUUCCGCUAGAUGCUGUAGAGCCAUUGUAGCAGGCGGUACCUACUUUCGAAACUGAGGACGAUCGCGAUAACUGCUGAACCACGAAAGUCUGUCCACGCGAGCUUUCAAAUUGAUAGCACAGCUUUUAAGGUCACAAAAUGGAAGAACCAAAACCAACAUAUGGGAACGGAAACAAUCCGCAGCACCAGCAACCUUAUCAACAGCCGUAUGAGCAGCAAUACCAACAACCGCCGCCUAAUUAUGGUCAGAAUUUUGGGCAGAAUGGACCGGCUCCGCCCAUCCCAGGAAAUAAACCUACCUUUGAGCAGAGCUUCAAGCUCGAAGGACCAAAAUGGAACGAUGUUUGGGCAGGAAUUUUGUUUCUAAUCACAUUCGCUGGCUAUGUGGCGGUCUCUGGAAUUGUAUUGCAAGGCUAUGCAUCCACAAAAGGAUACAAUGGCGGAAGCAUCUACGGUGGAAAUAAUACCUUUGGUCUCUCGACUAAUACACUGGUCCUUUUCGCCUUCGUUUUGGUAGUCGCGCUGGUCCUAAGCCUUGCCUACUUCUUCCUGGCGCGGGCAUUUACGAAGCAGUUCAUUUGGAUUACGGGCAUCUUACAUAUCGUGUUUGGAAUAGGCACUGCUAUCGUUUACUUUGCUCGACAUUACUACUCGGCGGCAAUUGUGUUCCUCGUCUUCUCUAUCUUCUCAAUCAUCUGCUUCGUCUCGUGGAUCCCGCGAAUCCCUUUCAGCGUCGUCAUGCUGCAAACUUCUAUAGAUGUGGCGAGGAAGCAUGGGCACGUCUUUCUGGUCAGCCUUAUUGGUGGUGUCGUGUCAAUUGCGUUCGCUGCGUGGUUCUCGGCCACUUUGGUUGGCGUCUACGUCAAAUAUAUGCCUGGAAACAAUCCAGCGUGCACCGAAGGCGCAGGUAACUGCUCGAGUGCAAAGGUCAUUGGCUUAACUGUCUUUAUUACCUUUGCAGGAUACUGGAUCACCGAGUGGAUUAAAAACACCAUGCACACCACCGUCGCGGGUGUAUACGGCUCCUGGUACUUCUGCGCUGGUAAGCCAGGCGGGAUGCCCAAGGGCAGCACUCGCGGUGCGUUCAGACGCGCGACUACCUACAGCUUUGGAAGCAUCAGUCUAGGUAGCCUCUUGGUGGCUCUCAUCAAUAUGCUGCGGCAAGCCGCGUCAAUUGCUCAGCGUCAAGAAGCAGCAGAGGGAAACAUUGUCGGCAGCAUCCUAUUCUGCAUUCUCGGUUGCUUCAUUGGAAUCCUCGACUGGGCUGUGCAAUUCUUGAAUCGCUACGCAUUCUCCUACAUUGCGCUAUAUGGAAAAGCUUAUAUCCCAGCUGCCAAGGAUACUUGGGGACUCAUCAAAAACCGCGGCAUCGACGCGCUCAUCAACGAUUGUCUCAUUGGGCCCGUCCUCACCAUGGGCUCCGCCUUUGUCGCCUACCUAUGCUCCUUUCUGGCCUAUCUGUACCUGGACUUCACCAAGCCCGCGUACAACCAGGACAACAAAUACACGCCUGUUGUCAUGGCUUUUGCCUUUCUCAUCGGCCUCCAGUCUUGCAAUAUUUUCAUGACACCCAUCAGUUCCGGCGUGGAUACCAUCUUCGUCGCCGCCGCUUGGGAUCCGCAAGUCCUCAUGAGAGAUCACCCUGACUUGUGGGCAAAGAUUGUCUCUGUCUAUCCGCAAGUGCAGCAAGCUGUGCAUGUAUGA